CGGAAGCGGAAGAAGCUAGAGAGAGGAUCCUGAAGUACUUCUGGGCGUCUGGCGCGAAAGGGCGGGGAGGGUUUGAACCGUUGGUUGGUCUCCUGGCAGCCGCGGUGGCCUCCAGCUCUCGGUUAGAUCCUCCCUCACGGGGUUGGCAGGAGCUGCAGCCUGGCUCGGGUCCCUGUUGGGGAGCUGGCUCGUUUCCCAGAGCAAGAGGGGAAGGAAAAAGGCAGGAACGGGGGCGGCGGAGGAAGGCAACCCAGUUUGCUGUCCUCACGCCCCAUUUUCUCAACUAGCGUCUUGCGUGCGCCCUCGCCCUGCUUGUGGGGCUGGGUUGUGCUCCGUUAUGUAGGGCGGCCCCCCCCUUUUUUUCGGGCAAGGUUGAAAGCUGCCCCCAAAGCCUAGCCGUCGUGCAGAGCGUGAGACCUUUAAAGUACAUCUUUGCACUGGUUGUUGAAUAAUCACAAUGAGUAGCGAGGAAGAAACAUGGGAGAAACUGGAUGCAGAAUUUGAUCAUUAUGUUGUGGAUAUGAAACCUUUUGUUUUGAAACUGUCUCAUAAGUCAGAACGUCAAAGGUGUGCACUUUGGAUUAAAAAACUUUGUGAGCCAUCAGGUGCAGGCACAGGAGCUGUUGGUCGGAAGAACCGGAAUUUGUAUGCAAAACUGCUUCUACAUAUGCUGAAGAGGGGAGUACUGGAGGGACCCUUUACCCAGAAGCCAGACGCAGGGAUACUGAAAACUCUUCCUUCUUACAUGUCUAUCUACUUCGAUGAACCAAAUUCAACAAGAGUGCUGAGUGAUAGCCCAGAAGAUUUACCGGACUGGGUCAGGGGAGAACUGGGGCAAAGUGACUGCAAACAGAACGAGUCCUGGAAGCUUUCUUCUAGAGAGGAGUCUGCUGUGCUAACCUCACCACUUGUACAUAGCAAGGAGCAAUAUGCAUACAGUGGAAAGCGUUCAUUGAAGUCACAUUCAUUGAGUCCUCCUCAUUUGUCAGAAGACUGUUCCUCAUCAAAAACCCUGGAUGAUCACCGUACAAAGACUUUUUCUGUGGAUGACAGUGACUUUGAAGCUCGUCUCAACAGUUGGAAUCUUGGGCUUGAAAAUCCCAGAUAUUUACGUGAAAAGCCUAUACCCUUGUCACUGAUGUCGCCCAAGAUAGUUAUUGGGAAAAACAGCAGUUCUCAGGAUGAACAGACAUUAUUCCAUAUGCAUGAAAAGGAGAUGGAGAUGAAAACGAAACUAAUGGAAGCUAGAAUUCAUGAAGAAAAGCUUAAAUUGCAGCAGAAGCAUGAUGCUGAUGUUCAAAAGAUUUUGGAGAGAAAGAAUAAUGAAAUUGAAGUACUGAAGACCUUGUACAAAACCAAACAGAGUGAAGCUGAGGGGACUAUUCAAAAGCUUGAAAAGAAAGUUCAGAUGCUUGUCCGUGAGUCACAAGUCGUUAGAGAAGCUAAGGAAAAACAAAUUGUGGAGCUCAAAAAAAUGUGUGAGCAGAGUACAGAUUCUCUGAACAAUGAGUGGGAGAAAAGGCUCCACAAUGCUGUGGCUGAAAUGGAAAAGGAAAAAUUUGAUCUUCAGAAGAAGCACACAGAAAAUAUCCAAGAAUUGUUGGAGGAUACAAAUGCACGUCUGAGUAAAAUGGAAGCAGAAUAUUUGGCUCAGACAAAAGCAACUAACCAGAUGAUCAAAGAAUUUGAGGCUCGUGUCCAUCAGUUGACUGUGGAAGCAGAAGCCAGUAAUUUGCAGCGUCAGAAGUUAUCUCAAGAAAAGAGCAAUCUGGAACAAUCCUACCAGGCUGUAUGCAUAGAAAUUGAAGAAGUCAAAGCAAGGCACAACUCGCUUCAAAAAGAAAAGGGGCAUAUUUUACAAGAGUUUGAAGGAAGCAUUCAACAGCUGCAAAGUAAAUAUGAUGCUGACCUCAAGCUGAUGAAACAGGAACAUGCUCUUUCUGCAGCAAAGGCAUCUGAUGUGAUUGAAGAAUUAGAACAGUGUGUGUCUCAAUUAAAACAACAGUUACUAGAAUCGGAACAUCAAAGGCAGCAACAGCUGAGGGACCAGGAGCAGAAAUUUCUACAGCAAAAAGGUCAUUUGGAAAGAUCUCAUGAAAAAAAGAUUCAUGCGUUGCAGAAUGACUUUGAAAAAGAGAAGAUGGAUUUUCAUAAGAGAAUACAAAAACUGGAAGACAUUCAGAGGGAGAAGGAGGAGCAGCUGACUCAGGUGACGGAGGUACAGAGGCUGCAAGCCCAGCAGGCUGACGCUGCCCUGGAGAAGUUUAAGCGGCAGGUGGAGCUGAACUCAGAAAAAGUCUAUGCUGAAAUGAAAGAGCAGAUGGAAAGAGUGGAAGCAGAUCUAAGCAGAUCAAAAUCACUCCGUGAAAAGCAGUCGAAGGAAUCCUCCCGACAAUUAGAAGAACUUAAAAAAAGAUAUGAACAACAGAUAGUAGAGCUGAAGCUGGAGCAUGAACAGGAGAAGAUGCACCUAUUGCAACAGCAUAAUACAGAAAAGGAUAGCCUGGUCCGAGACCAUGAACGGGAAAUUGAGAAACUAGAAAAACGGCUUCGGGCUGCCAUGACCGAGUACGACAAUAAAAGUCAAGAAUGCAGGAAACGAGAUGGGCAGGUCAUCUGUGAUUUACAAACCCAGAUCCAUACACUAAGGGAAGAGCUAAUUCAGGUGAAUUCUCAGAGAAAGCAACAGCUAGUUGAACUUAGCCUCCUUAGAGAAGAAGAAAAGCAAAUAGCUUCCCGGGAGCACGAGACUGCCAUGAACAACCUUAAAGCUGAGUCAGAAAAGAGGAUUCUUGACCUGAAACGGGCAAAUGCUGAAGAAAAGGAAAUGGCACUAGAAAAAGCCAACAGCAGGUUGAAGCAGAUUGAAAAGGAAUACAGUCAGAAGCUUGCCAAAUCUUCACAGAUCAUAGCUGAACUUAAGACAACCAUUUCCUCUCUGACAGAGGAAAGCAACCAGCAGCAGCUUGCUGCAGAAAGGCGUCUGCAGGAUCUUUUACAAAAGUCUGAAGAUCAGAAGCAGCAGCUGAUUAGAGAUAAUGACAGAGCAAUCAAGGGCUUGCAAGAUGAGAUUGAAAACUAUUGCAAUCAGGUUCGCUCUGCAGAAAAGAGACUGCAACAGAAAGAUCUGGAGAAAGAGGACCAGAUUGCUUCUAUACGACAACAAUAUGAAACCAAACUUAGAGGUCUGAUGCCAGCAUCUUUGAGACAAGAACUUGAAGACACAAUUCUUUCACUCAGAUCCCAGGUGGUGACUGACGUUGACUGCUUUGUUCAAGUGUCCAGUGGACUUCUAUCAGCAGGUUUGAAGAUUUGGAUCUUGUGAGCUAAUCUAAGAGAUCAAUGGCAGUUUACUUAACACAUCCAAAAAUGUAAUUCACUUCAUAAAAGCACAUCCCUCAUUCAUAACAGUACUUUAAGUUCCCAGAUAUUUGAAUCAUUUUAUCAUUAUAAUAUAGUUUUUAUGCUUUUGAUAUAUUCAGUAUUUGUAUUUAUCAAUAGACUUAUUGAAAAACUUAAUUUUGUUUGCUCACAUUG